GAUUAAGAGUUAAGACAAGUGCCUAGCAUAUUAGUCACACAAAGGGAUUAAGAACAGGAUGAAGAUGAGAGCUUUUGUUGUAGUUUGUUUGGCACUGUUCUGUAUCCUAGGGGUUUGUCAAGGUGGCAACCUUAGAAAAAAAUUCUACAAGCGGACAUGUUCUCAAGCCGAGGACAUUGUUAGGACCAAAAUCCAGGAACAUGUCUCUGCAAGGCCUGAAUUGCCUGCGAAGUUGAUCAGACUGCAUUUUCAUGAUUGUUUUGUCAGGGGUUGUGAUGGUUCGGUUUUGCUGGACUCCACUGACAGCAACACAGCAGAAAAGGAUUCGAUUCCGAACUUAUCUCUGUCGGGCUUCGAUGUCAUUGAUGACAUAAAAGCAUCAUUGGAGGAAAAAUGUCCUGGAACUGUAUCAUGUGCUGACAUACUUGCAUUGGCCGCCAGGGAUGCUGUUUCUGUCCAGUUCAAUAAGCCUAUGUGGGAAGUGCUUACCGGUAGAAGGGAUGGGAGGGUAUCCAUAAGUGGUGAAGCCUUAGCCAAUCUGCCAGCCCCUUUUUUCAACAUCACCCAGCUCAGACAAAGCUUUGCGAGUAAAAAGCUCACAGUGCAUGAUCUGGUUGUGUUAUCAGGAGCACACACAAUUGGGGUAGGUCAUUGCAACUUAUUCAGUAACAGGCUUUUCAACUUCACCGGAAAGGGUGAUCAAGAUCCUUCUCUGAAUCCUACUUAUGCAACUCUUUUGAAGACAAAAUGUCAAAGUCUGAGUGACACCACCACUACAGUAGAGAUGGAUCCUGACAGUUCAAGCACCUUUGACAAUGACUAUUAUUCUAUCCUUCUUCAAAACAAGGGUCUAUUCCAAUCAGAUGCUGCCCUUUUAACAGCCAAGGUCUCAAGAAACAUUGUGAAUGAAUUGACCAAACAAGACAAGUUCUUCACAGAGUUUGGGCAGUCAAUGAAGAGAAUGGGAGCGAUUGAGGUCCUCACCGGCUCGGAUGGUGAAAUUAGAACCAAGUGCUCUGUUGUCAAGAUUCGAUUCUCUGCCUGCUUGACACAACCACACAGAAAGAUUCCUGGCAGCAAUGCAGUGUCACACAAAGGGAUUAAGAACAGGAUGAAGAUGAGAGCUUUUGUUGUAGUUUGUUUGGCACUGUUCUGUAUCCUAGGGGUUUGUCAAGGUGGCAACCUUAGAAAAAAAUUCUACAAGCGGACAUGUUCUCAAGCCGAGGACAUUGUUAGGACCAAAAUCCAGGAACAUGUCUCUGCAAGGCCUGAAUUGCCUGCGAAGUUGAUCAGACUGCAUUUUCAUGAUUGUUUUGUCAGGGGUUGUGAUGGUUCGGUUUUGCUGGACUCCACUGACAGCAACACAGCAGAAAAGGAUUCGAUUCCGAACUUAUCUCUGUCGGGCUUCGAUGUCAUUGAUGACAUAAAAGCAUCAUUGGAGGAAAAAUGUCCUGGAACUGUAUCAUGUGCUGACAUACUUGCAUUGGCCGCCAGGGAUGCUGUUUCUGUCCAGUUCAAUAAGCCUAUGUGGGAAGUGCUUACCGGUAGAAGGGAUGGGAGGGUAUCCAUAAGUGGUGAAGCCUUAGCCAAUCUGCCAGCCCCUUUUUUCAACAUCACCCAGCUCAGACAAAGCUUUGCGAGUAAAAAGCUCACAGUGCAUGAUCUGGUUGUGUUAUCAGGAGCACACACAAUUGGGGUAGGUCAUUGCAACUUAUUCAGUAACAGGCUUUUCAACUUCACCGGAAAGGGUGAUCAAGAUCCUUCUCUGAAUCCUACUUAUGCAACUCUUUUGAAGACAAAAUGUCAAAGUCUGAGUGACACCACCACUACAGUAGAGAUGGAUCCUGACAGUUCAAGCACCUUUGACAAUGACUAUUAUUCUAUCCUUCUUCAAAACAAGGGUCUAUUCCAAUCAGAUGCUGCCCUUUUAACAGCCAAGGUCUCAAGAAACAUUGUGAAUGAAUUGACCAAACAAGACAAGUUCUUCACAGAGUUUGGGCAGUCAAUGAAGAGAAUGGGAGCGAUUGAGGUCCUCACCGGCUCGGAUGGUGAAAUUAGAACCAAGUGCUCUGUUGUCAACUCUUAAUGAACUCUUUUCUUUUCAUUUCUUCUGUUUCUUUUCCUACAUUCUUUCUUUGAGAAGCCAUUCAGUUAUAUUUUCUUUGUACACCUUCAAAAUUAUUUCAGGAAUAAAGGUUGUGUUUAAUUAAUAGUA